AGCGUCUCGAAUUUCAAAGCGGAACUCAAGUUGACUUUGAGUGGUUGUUUCCACACGAACAAAUAAUCGCGCUUUUCACAUCGUUACGUAGCGGAGAUGGCAGUCCUGCGAACGGCACUUCAUGGACGACUUCUCCAGGCCCUCCCCUUCUCCUUUGGCUCACUGCGGUUGGCCAGCUCCUUUAAGGCAGCAGAUCUUGUCAUUGAACGCAAUGCAGCAUGUAAGCAGAAGCCCGACCCCUCCACCUUGGUGUUCGGAAAACAGUUCUCCGACCACAUGUUGACCAUCAACUGGUCGGAGAAGGACGGCUGGCAGGCUCCUCAGAUCAAACCUUUCCAGAACCUGUCGCUGCACCCGGCCAGCUCCGCCCUGCACUACUCCAUAGAAUUGUUUGAAGGCAUGAAGGCUUUCCGUGGAGUUGACAACCACGUCCGUCUGUUCAGACCCAUGCUGAACAUGGAGAGGAUGCACCGCAGCGCUGAGAGAAGCUGCCUUCCUGUAAUUCCCCUCUCCAGUAACUACGGCCCUACCAUCGCGGUGCAGAGCGAGGCGGUGAAGCGGGGGUGCCAGCAGGUGCUGUGGCUGUACGGAGAGCAGGAGGAGAUCACAGAGGUCGGCACCAUGAACCUCUUCAUCUACUGGACCAAUGAGAACGGAGAGAAAGAGUUGUUCACCCCCCCUCUGGAUGGCAUCAUUCUCCCGGGAGUGACCAGACAGUCGCUGCUGGACCUGUCCAGAAGCUGGGGUGAGUUCAAGGUGACGGAGCGUACGAUGGGCAUGCCUGAGCUGCUGGGGGCUCUGGACUCUGGGAGGGUCCUGGAGGUGUUCGGGGCGGGGACGGCCUGCGUGGUGUGUCCCGUGGGCAGCCUCCUCUACAGGGGAACGACGUACCAGGUCCCGACUAUACAGAACGGUCUGGCUAAGAGGUUCCACAAAGAGCUUACUGACAUUCAGUAUGGACGCAAAUCAAGUGAAUGGGCCCCAGUGGUUGUUUAAAUGGCCGUGCUGCACAUGCCAAUUGUAUCAACAGUCCCGUUUGGACCACUACCAGCCCCCCCACUCUCAACCCACCAAUGCACUCCUGCAUACCGACCGGCCGAGGAGACAGUGCCUCUCUGUCGGGCUUCGUAGACUUUUACACAUCUCUUUUCUGUGGACUCUCAUAGGAAUACAGAUGAAUGUAACGGUUUGCUUUGGAUAGCAAUAUUAACAAUAUGCAAUGUUAGGACUCGACCCCACCCUAUUAUUGGGUAUAUACUAGGAUGAUGCAGUCGAAACUGCUUUCUAUGAAAAACAUCGGGAAAACAAAUGCAGUCAAUUUUAAAACUAAUAUACUGUAUAUUAGACUAACUCAAGGAUAUUCAAAACGCUAAUCUAUUCUGGUUGAUUUGUAUUGAAAAUACACUCCACACAUAUAUACUUGAACUAAUUCCUUGUGGUAAAGAGCACACACAUUUAUUUGUAUCGACAUUGCAUCCUGGCAUUUAAAAAAAGAAAGGCACAAACUGAAAUAUUUCGAAGGUGAAAUAUUUGCAAUAUUAAAGCAGCUAAAUAUUUGCAGUGUAGUACAGUUUAACUCUUAGCAGCACGCAGUCUGUACGUGCUGUUUCUCAUUCACAAACGUCAUAAAGCUUAUUUCACAACAGGAAAACCUUAUAUUAACAAUAACCUGUACUACUUGCAACCACUUGUGGUGUAUUCUCCAAAACCUUUAACUGUUACGUGUGAGUAGAACCUGUAAACGCAUCUUAGGAUAAUGUUUUGUUACGGCCGUGUACAUAAUGAUACGAGAGAGUCACGCUGUUAGUUUUUAUGGGGCCUCGUCACUUUGACACCAGAGUUUGCACUGACCUUGUUAAAUGUCAGGUUUGUAUUUUAAACCUGGUUUGACUCAGCUUUUAGGUUUAGGUUUGUUGGUUUUGUUUGUGAAGAAGAUUACUGCACAAAAACUAAAGAAAGAGAUUAAAAGGUCUAAUGACGACGAGCUGUAGAAGAGAAAGACUGUUACACGCUGGCAGUUACUCCGGCUCUAGUUUGUGUGUAAUCAAAAACAAUGUAACCAAUAGUGUUGUUAUUUUAGAGGUUUUUAAUUGAUAUUUUUCCUUGUCUCAAGUGAAAUUAGGCAUCCUGUCUUCCAAAGUAGGGUUUCUGCAUCAUAGGGCUUGUGUACUUUCCUCUCUGGUUUUCCUUACUUUGAAUGUAUUUGUACACACAUACUGUCCCUCUCUUCUGUCUAAGUGCCUGACCUUCGUCUGGUGGAUCUUCAGCUGCUGUUUUUAUGUUUUCAGUUUGUGCACUAGGGGAUGUAGCUCGAUUCCUUGUCAGUUUAAUCGUUUCUAAAUGUGCUGUUACUUUUAAUCGGCUGUAUUGUUUUUACAAUAAACCUGAUCUGAGCUCAA